GCAGAUCGGGGCCACAUGGAGGCGGCGGAGGACGCCGCGGCCGCGCCCGAGUCGUGGGAGACGGCCGACCUCGACGGGGCCAUGAGCCGCCUGCUCCUCUCCUCCUCCUCCUCCUCCUCCACCUCCGCGCGACGCGUCGCCUCCUCGCCGGACCUCGCCGACGAAGGCGACGACCACGACACGCCACCGUUGACGGCCACGCAGACCCCCGCCAGCGCCGACGAUCUCGUCGCGCAGGUCGACCAGUUCCUCCGGGAGGCGCUCGAGAAGCCCCGCGAGAGGCUCUCAGUGCUACGCAUGGAGCAAGACAUCCUCAAGUUCAUCCACGACCCAAGGCAGGCGCAGUUCGAGUUCCAGGGCCUGCCGACGUCCUACCUGCGCCUCGCCGCCCACCGUCUGGCGCAGCACUACUUCCUGCAGUCGAUCGCCAUGCCAGAUCCCAGCUUGCCCGACGGGACCAGCUCCCGGAUCAUCCUCCGCAAGACGUCGGCUGAAUGCCGCUUGCCCACGAUCCGCCUAGCUGACAUUCCAGUGAACCUGCCUCAGGAAGAUACCAGCGCUGUGGCUGCCAAAGUAGCUAUCAAGCAAAGGCCCCAGAAGAACCACCAUGGGGGUGCAGGUGCAGGUGCUAACUUGUCCAAAGGCAACCUUCAGAAGAGUGUUGAAGAGAGGAAAGAGGAGUACAACAAGGCACGUGCUCGCAUAUUUAGCACCACUAGCGGUGGCAGUGAUGCGCCUGAUGGAAGACCGGUUGAGGAAGUCAUCUUGCCCAAUACCCUACAUAGGUCCACUUCCUUGGAGCUCAACUCAAACACCCGCUACGCUCAAGUGUCUGAACCUACCCUUGAAAGGAGUUUGACUAGUACAUCAUCUAGCAGCAGAUCAAAUAGAAGCAGGAUUGACAAGGAGCCUCCACUCAGUAGAGGCAGGCAAGGCAAUAAUAGGGUGGCAAUAUUUCGCGACCGGGACUCAGAACGCAAGGAUCCUGAUUAUGACAGAAGCUAUGACAGGUACAUGCAAAGAUUUGAUCCUGGUUUUGGAUUUAAUGGAGGCGCCUAUACCAUUCAACCUCUGUAUGCUCCUGCUGUUACCUACAACACUGAGUUCCCCCAGCUUGGGUCACCACAAAUGUCUCCUGUUGCUGUUGAGCAGCCUCAUCCAAUGGCUCAGCACAUGCCUGGGCCCUGGUCGCCGGCCCAAUCACCUAAUGCAAUUGGCUACAGGCCUGCAGAUGGUGUCAUGCCACCCUACAGUCCUGGUCAACCUGGUGCUCCUGUCAGGUCUUCUGUUUUCAUGCAUGCUUCCCAGCAAUAUGCCAUGCCUUCACGCCCAGGAGUCUCAUUUGUACAUCCACAGGAUUCCAUGCGACCAUUUGCACAGACUCACCAACAACAGCAAGCUGAAGCUAGUCUACGCCUAGCCCGGCCCCGGUGAGGGGCCUGGGCAUGCCUGCUCCUGCCAGCACACACUGAACAUGCAAAUCAAAUUGGAUGAGGCAUCAUUCUCAUCUCUGGCUGGCAGGAGCAGGCAUGAAAUAACCGAGAGUCGCAGGGCUGGGCCAGUCAUCUGCUUGAUCAUUUCAUGCUCGUGCGAUUCUCGGUGUGGUUCCUCCCUGCACUUCGUGAUGUUGGGAGGGGGCACCUAACUCCAUUGUCCGUGACGUAAACUGCAGACCGUUGCUUGGACCUCUCAAGUCCUAGCAUAGAAGAUGCUGAGAAGUGGAGGGCAGAGCAGUCCUUGUCUGUCUUUCUUCUCGGUGCUGUGGCUCCUUGCAUACCAAGAUGUGAGAUGCAAGAGGGGCACAUGUUACCUAUGGCUCCUUGGAAUAUGAGGGUCACCGUUCGGUGAACAAGAGAAGAGAAGGGGCACAUGUUACCUAUGGCUCCUUGGAACACGAGGGGCACCGUUCGGCCAACAAGAAAAGAGAAUGGGGCAAAUGUUGCCUAUGGCUCCUUGGAAGAUAAGGGGCACCGUUCGGUCAACAAGAAAAGAGAAUCGGGGCAUCCAGUAUGUGGAUAGACAACCAAGACCUGGGUGCCCCAUUGGGAUUACCAGACUUGGCACUUGUUCUCCUCUGGCUCGGCUGAAGUUGCCCUGAUUGCGGCCCAGCUUCAGACGGAAGGGUUCAGCCCUGAUUGCC